GGAAAGGUCGCUUGAUCAGCUGCUCUCUGCGGAUAAUCCCGUCCCGCAGGCAGAGCAUGUAGCGGAGCUCCGGAGGCACAGCGGGCAGCCUGCAGCCUCCACACCGCCUCGCACACCGCGUCUCCCGGCCACCACUCGGCCCCCGUCCCGCCGCGUCAGCCCGGAGCUCCGGACACACAGCCGGUGGAUUUUUGGUUUAGCGGUUUUUCUGCCUUUUAACCCUGAGCGUGUUUCCACAUCCACAGCGAUGCGAAAGAGGAAUAACUCCCUGACUGCGGAGCAUGACAACACGCUGCUGGACAGCGACCCGGACCUGAAGUACUGUCCCAAGAGCGGAGCGGCGGCCCCCGCGGCGGCCGGCCCGGGCCCGGAGCUCAGGAUGGGCAGGCCGUUCAGGAGGCUGGGUCUGGUGGGCCGGCUGAAGAGGCUCCUGCUGUGGCUGCUGGUUGUUUACGUCUCGAUCCCCGUCAUCAUCAAACUGUGUCCGUCCAUCCAGGCCAAGCUGGUCUUCCUCAACUUCGUGCGGAUGCCGUACUUCAUCGACCUGCAGCGACCUCUGGACCAGGGACUGAACCACACACACAACUUCUACCUGCAGCCUGAGGCCGGCCUCAAGAUCGGAGUCUGGCACACGGUUCCGGCUCAGAUGUGGCGGGAAGCCCAGGGGAAGCAGGGCGACUGGUACGACACCACGCUGAGCUCCGCCCACCCCGCCAUCCUUUAUCUCCAUGGCAACGCAGGGACUAGAGGAGGAGAUCACAGAGUUCAGCUGUACAAGGUCCUCAGCUCGUUAGGCUACCAUGUAGUCGCGUUUGAUUACCGAGGCUGGGGGGACUCAGACGGCAGCCCGUCAGAGGGGGGGAUGACAUCAGACGCUCUCUUCCUCUAUGAUUGGCUGAAACAGAAACUGGAUGGAAAACCUCUUUACAUCUGGGGACACUCUCUGGGAACAGGAGUCGCCACGAACCUCGUCAGACGACUGUGUGACAGAGGAAGUCCUCCUGAUGCUCUAAUCUUAGAGUCUCCUUUCACCAACAUCAGAGAGGAAGCCAAGAGCCACCCGUUCUCUAUGGUUUACAGAUACCUGCCGGGUUUUGAUUGGUUCUUCCUUGAUGCCAUCACAGCCAACGACAUCCGCUUCGCCAGUGAUGAAAAUGUGAACCACAUCUCGUGUCCCGUGUUGAUUCUUCACGCUGAAGAUGACAGUGUGGUUCCGUUCCAUCUGGGGAAAAAGCUGUUCGACAUGGCCGCCCAGUCGAAGAGCCUCAGCGGUCAGAAGGUUCAGUUCGUUCCCUUCUCUUCCUCUCUGGCCUACAAGCACAAGUUCAUCUACAGGAGCCCGGAGCUGCCAAACAUCCUCAGUGAUUUCCUCGGCACAGCGCCUCCCAACGCAUAGCGAGGAGCCGCAGUCUACCCGGACACACACACACACUCACACACACACACACACUCACACACACACACACACACACACACACGCUGCAGUGACUGGAUGUGACGCAUGAACCCGACAGAAACACACCAUUCCUUUUCUUUAGCAUUCCUCUGAAACCUGCAAGAGAACAACACACACACACACACACACACACACACACACACACACACACGCGCACACGUACACACACACACUGUCUCACACACACACACACUGUCUGACACACAUGUCGGCAUCUGUACGCACAGGGUUGUCAUGACAGCGGUUGCCGUGGCGGCCGUGGUUUUGGCGUCGGGUCGGUGUGCUGAUGUUUGUCGCCUCAGCGAAGUGGAACUUUAAACCUGUGUGCUUUAUCUGAGCUCAUCUGAUUUGUAUUUUUAUUUGAUUUGAUUCUGUUUUAUUUGAGUUUGAUUUCCCCCCUCGUCUGUCAGCUUCACUGUCCCGCCCGGGGACAGCCCGUCCCGCCCGGGGACGGGGCAUCCCGGCCAGGACGCGGUCGGGUCCUCCGGCCUCUGCUGGGCUGAUCUGAGGCGAGGGGCUCGGACCACCGUUUGUAUUUAAAGUCUUCUCUAUUUUAAAGGCCUGUCAUGACUUGAAAUUAAAUACGACUCGUUUUAUCAAACUGG